CCUUGGAUUUGAAACCCUAAGCGGCGCCCCCAUAUUCUCUUUUCUUUCGUUUCUUUCUUUCCCUUCUCCUGGAAAUCCGAUCGACAACCGAGAAAAAAAACGAAAACGAAACCCUCAAGAUCCAACCCCUCUUAUCUUUCGUACUCUCUGGAAAUCGAGCAAAAAAAGAAAAAGAAGCACCGAUUCACUCCGAUUUCUCUCUCCCUCGCCCUUCUAUAUCACGGCGGUGACGAUGACGACGGUGAAGCCGGGUUCAGCGGUAAGUUUUUGGUUGCAUGUUAGCUUUUUUGUGCGAUUGUGAGCUGGUUGUUUUUAGGGUUCUAACCCCUUUUUGUCUUUCUUUUGAUUUCUGGGUUUAAUGGCGAACGAGGGAAGAAGAAGAGGAUGAAGUCACCGGCGGUGACAAGACUGAUGGGCAAACGACAGUGAGUAUAAUGGGUAAUUUCUAGGUUUCGAUUAUACUCUCUUUGCUUUAUCCAAAUACUAACUCCCUUUUUUUCUUAUUUUAGCAGGUUUGAGAAGAGUCUAAUUCUGGGUGAGGACUCUCCCUACUCUGAUUUUGGUUUCGAUUAACCUGUGCUGGAUCUAGUUAGAUUAGGGUUUUUUAUGAUUAAUGGUCCUGAGUUUGGGAUUGCGGUCUGGCUAUUGUAGUUGAUUUGGACAUAAAUUUUAUGAUUCUGAGAUUUGAGAUUAGUGGGGGAAAAUGGUUGUGAUUGUCUCAAUUUUGUGGUAAGUCGAUGGUUUUGAAACUCAGAAUCAAUUCUAAAUUUGUCCUUUCGGUUAACAUACUAGUGUCUUUCGAUUAAUAUAGCUUUGUUGAAAUGGGUGUGCUUUUUGGGUAUUCAGGAAAAAUGACGAAUCUGUUUUUGGUGAUCUCAUCUAUAUUCUAAUUCUAGAAAAUAAAUGGAUCGAAACAUGACAUAAAUAAAGGAAUUGUAAAAUGAAAGAGAGUAAAUUGCAUAAUAAGUAAUUAGCUUAGCUUAACAUAACAGUAGAGAUAGUAAUAGGUUAUUAUGAGUAAUUAGUUAGUAAAGUAAAUGUGCUUGAAGUAAGUAGAUAAAUGGAUUGAAAAUAAAACAAAGCUGAAAGGAAGAGCUGAGCCUGAUAAUGUAAAUGAGAUUGGUAAAGUUUGGAUUGAUAUAAGUUGUGAUUUCUUUUCUAAAAACAGUUUGGUCUUGUUGUAGUUUGAUAUUGGAGUUGAUUGGUGUUCCUUAUUAUAAGAAAACCUUGUAUGGAAAGCUAAAAAUUAGAUGAUUGUGGCUGAUAGGAGUAAAUAACAGUAGCAAUAACAACACCAAUAAUAAUAGAAACCAGUUAUGCAAGAAUGAAAAGAACAAGAAAUGGGAAGAGAAGAGUGAUAGAGGAAGCCGUGUUAUUACAAGUGGAUUGACGAUUCACCUUUGAUUUGCAAGCUUUCUUAUGCCUCUGUUAUCCCGGGAAUAUUCUGCUUCUAUUACAAAAAAAAUGAAAAUGGAAGAACAGAGUUUGCCCCCCUCUCUCUAUUUUCCCCAGAACCAAACGGAAAGAGAAACCACUAUAAACUGAGAAAGUGAAAGAAAUGGAAUUAUUUCCCCCGUGUUUUUUUCCUUCCUCCCCAGAAAGCUGUCCCUGGUUCUUGAAAUUUGAGCCUGCUUUUAUAGAAAAAGGAGGCGGUGAUUUCUGGGUUCGGUCAGACCAGUUCUGGUUCGACCGGUCCGUCUGUUGGUUGGGGUCGUUGGGCUGGUUCGGAUUGCUGGCCCAUUUUGCCUGAUCUGGUCCAAAGUGGUUUUAAUGCUUGGGCUUGAAAUGUGGCCCGUGAUCUUCUGGACUUGUCUUGGAUCUGGGCCUGAAUAGACUGUCUCCUUUCUUCUUGCAGGAUUAUGGCGGAUGAAGUAAGAGUACGCUACAAAUAUCAAGUUUUAAUUUGUAACACUACUUUUAUAAUGAUGUUGUAUAAGUGCAAUUUUAUGCAGUAAUUCAUAUUUGUAAUUUGUUAUUCUGAUUGUAAUUAUAUAAUUUAUUGAUAAUUUAAAUAAAACUUUAUUCUUCUUCUGUACUUUUUUGUGUUGGGCUAAGAGCGUAAAUUGGAAGCCAAUCGGUCUUAUUAAUCCACUCGAAUCGAAUUUGAAUAAUUUAUACAAUCGUCGAUAUUUUAGACUCGUAAUGGCCAAUCUAGUGGCCAAUCUAAUUAUCUUACGACAUUUAAAGAUUAAUUAGAAUUUUUAGUUGAGUAAUUGACCCGGACAAAAUGGGGUGUCUACAGAUGGACAUACCACUAUCAGGUCCAAUACACAAGUUGUUUGGAGGGAAAACAGUUGUCUUUGGUGGUGAUUUUAGACAGACUCUACCAGUAAUUUCGGAUUCAGGAAGGGAACAAACAGUGGAUGGAUCCAUCACAAGGUCAUCAUUGUGGCCCUUUUUUAAAGUGCUCAAACUGUCAAGGAACAUGAGGCUUAAUGAUUCACAGGAUAAUAGAAACCUGGUCGGCUGUGGAAUGAACUUUGGUGAGUGGAUUCUGGCGCUAGGAGAUGGAAGGCUUCCAACAAAAUCCUUUAUGGCUAACACACCUUCAGAUUGGAUUGAGAUACCACAAAUACUCUUGAUAUAUGCUGGAAAAAAUCCAAUCGAGUCAAUCACAAAUGACAUAUAUGACACAUUUGAGGAACAACACAUGAGCACAGAUUACCUAAGUGGAAGGGCAAUCGUUACUCCUACUAAUGCAGUUGUGACUGAAGUGAAUGACUUCAUGUUGCAAAAAAUUCCUGGACAUUGCCGUUGCUACUACAGUUCAGACUCUAUGCAACUUGAUACAGAGGUACCUCAGCUAUUUGCUGAAACUUACCCAACAGAAUUUUUGAAUGCUCUUCAGUUCAAUGGUGUUCCAGAUCAUGAAAUAAGACUUAAGGUUCACACUCCGAUCAUGUUGCUGAGAAAUUUGAGCCCACCAAACGGCCUGUGCAACGGUACGAGGAUAUUGAUUACGAAAUUGGGGGAAAAUAUCAUUGUUGGAAACAUCAUGGGAGGAUCUUUUGACACAAAAGAGGUUGUUAUACCACGAAUAGUACUCAACGUAGAAGACAAACGCUGGCCCUUUAUACUGAAGAGGAGGCAAUUCCCAGUACGGUUAUGUUAUGGGAUGACUAUAAAUAAGAGCCAAGGUCAAACGCUGGACAAGGUUGGAGUCUAUUUGCCCAAACCAGUAUUCAGUCAUGGACAGCUUUAUGUGGCAGAAUCAAGAGUAAGAUCUGCAGGUGGUUUGAGAUUCUUGAUUGAAAAUGAAGAGGACAUUCCAGCCAGUUACACGAGAAACAUUGUAUAUUCAGAAGCCUUCACAGAUAUUGCACCUGGUUAAUUUUGGAAGCAUCGAAGAAGCUCGAAGUGAUUAUUAUGAAUUCUCCCAACUUUUUGAAUUUUACGCCUGGGAAAAUUUGUUCUUCCAGUUCUUGCGUUGUUCUUAACAAGAGACACGUUUUGUGUUUAUUAUUUCGAAACUCAAAGCUAGAAAGCAGUCAUGAGUUAUGAUCAGUUAACAUCGGUUCGGACUAUCCAGAGAGAACUUAGAAAGAAAAUCGAUGAGCCCAACUGAUACAACUUGACAGACAUUCAUCGCAGGAGCGUAUUGUAGCCUUUUCUGUAAAAAGGCCUGAUUCAAUAGUUAGAACCCAUUGCAUACCAUACAGAGCCCAAACACGAUGUCAAGGCCCAAACAAUCGAUCCAAAAAGGACUUACCCUAAGUUAACCCUAGCUUACAUAAACUACCGAUUGUUUUUUAUGCCUUCUAAAAUCAACCGCGCAGUCAAGAUAAAAACAAAAAAGGGAAACCAGGAUCUCGAAGAACUGGAAGCAUUCUUCUACCCAACAGAUUUACAGUUGUAUAGUACGACUGAUACGUGAGAUUCCGUGGACCCACACAAAAUGGACCCGAAUGAACUGAAAGGUAAAUACAUUGAAUCUGGAAAGAAAUCCGACAAGCGCAUCCCGAUUCCUAUGCAAGUUUUUCCCAUUUAUUAUUUAUCGAUUCGUCUUUAAUCGGAUUGCAGAGUCUAUUGAAUCAAGCAUGUGCUUUCGGGGACAUCGUUUGGGAACAAACAAUCGAACCGUUAUAGCAAGACAUGUCGUUACAUGGACUGAGUUCCGAGAAGUGCCUUUAUCCACAUGGAAGAAAAGGACACAUCACAUGCUCUGGCUUGACAAAAAGGUUUGACUCCAGAUACCCCAACCAUAUUCAUAAAUAUUCGUCAGAGCAUUUGAUUCAGUGUUAGGACAAAAGAACUUGCCAAUAUACAAACCCUGGACAUCAAUUAACCUACUGGCAAAUGCUAAAAGAACAAAAACUCUUGACAACAUAUUUAUCUACCAUUGACUUUACAGAACAAAUUGAUCGAAGCACAAGUUGAAGAAGAAGAUGCAUCUGAGGUUUUUAAGAAAAUAAAGGUUGGUUGCCUGCAUGAACUACAAGAUAUUGUAGCAGGUCCAGCAAGGUCAGUGCAACGCGUUGUCCAUCGAGAGUUACACCUGCUCCUCACUUCAGAUCAAAUUAGGAGACACAUUGAAGAAGGAAAUGGACCUCAGCAAUUCCCAGUAGGAUCAUACACAACAGCCGAUUUUUCCAUUGUGCCUCAAACAUCAGAAGACUUUGUCUGCCAUUCAGGUAAAUAUAUGUCUCUGUAUCCAUGAUUAAGAACACCAUUAAACAAAGCAUAACAAACAUUAAAUCUAUAGAUGUUAC